CAUUCACUUCCGGUGCAUUCAGCAGCACCGGAUUGGAAAGAGAUACAAGAUGUAGGACCUUGGACAAGGGCGAAGGAAAGAUAAAAGCUCUUCACUGUGGGACUAUCUCCAUUCCUUUACAGGUGUGGUUUUAUCCCUCACUCGGAUCAGCUCCUCCUGUAAGUUUCGAAAUACGACCCUUGUCCUGAGUGCGAAAUAGGAUUCUUUCUCCUCGGUCGAAAUGUGGUGGCUAUUCAGCACGGGGACUAUCGUUGCCUUCCUUCUCUUCGUCUAUUCCUUCUUCCGUCGCUCUAUGUUCGCCUUCCUCUUGGAUCGUUUCAACUCUCCAACAGACUCGAACAUUACGGUCAUCAAGAAGUCCUUCUUCGAGUCCUUGAGGGACGUCGUAUCCUCGGAUCCGGAGUUGAAGAAAUCCGGUCGGUUCCGCCUUCUCGAGAUCGGGGUCGGGACGGGGCUCAACUUCGAGUUCUACCCUUCGAACGCCAGGAUCAGCGUGUUAGAACCCAACAGCAACUUCAAACGGUACGUCCUCAAGAACAAGCAGAAGUUUCCCGACGUGGAACUGGAGAAUUUCUUCUUGGGAGUGGGCGAAGACAUGAAGAGUGUGCCCAGCGGAAGCAUGGACGUUGUCGUCUGCACGCAUGUCAUGUGCAGCGUUCAACCCAAAAACAUGGACAGAUUCCUGUCCGAAGUGAAGAGAGUUCUCGCAACCAACGGGAGAUUUUACUUCUUCGAACACGUGGGGGACAGACCGGGCACGUGGCGGAGAUGGGUACAGAACAUGCUUCAGGCUACGUUCUUAUACGGGUUCAUUACGUGUGAUUGCAUUCCCAACAAGGACACCGAAGAGAUGGUGCAAAAAGCAGGCUUCUCCUCCGUGGACAUCACGAGGUUUUACCUUCAGCCGGUUUCUCCUCUCACGAGUGCGAAGGGCUUCAGCCUGCGCAUCUUGGCCUCUCAUAUCAGAGGCAUUGCGAUCAAGUGAAUCGCAGAUUUCUCCAUUUCCAGUGAAAAUUUAAUGCUAUUUCCUGAUACUCAUCUCAGAAAACAGGAAAGAAACGUAAUUGUCCUGAAGUUUCGCAUCUGGCUUCUGUAAUAUCUGCCGAGAAGUAAUUAUAUUAUGUUAUUAAUUGAGAAAGUACUGUAUAUGGAACGUAUUGAAACCAGACGAAUCAUUCCACGUCAAAUUACAAAAAUGAGACAAUUGAGCUCACCCCCUCCUAUUUUGAUCAAAUUUGUGGCCCUAUAGAGUUCAUUGAGAAACCAGUCAAACCUAAUUUUCAGCUUCCUAGGUCAAACGGAACUUGAAUAUUGCAAUAAAGUUCUGAUAUCUGUU